UGACGAAUGACAGACAGCUCGAUGGCUUGGCUUCACGGCCAGAUUCAAACACACAUCUCACCACCACCACACACCACACACACCACACACACCAAGAUGUCUUAUGUCAUAAAAUGUCAAUCGGAUCGGUGUAGAGGCAACGAAACGGCAUACGACACAAGCCAUCAAGCCAUUCCGCUAACGCGUGGAUGGAUGGAUGGAUGGAAACACACGCACCACGGAUGCAGCAAAACUGUCCCCCUCCUCGUCUGGGGUCUGGGGAACGGGGGGCGGUGGAAACACCAUGUAUGUGAUGACAACUAUACAGAAAGUCCCCCUGUGUGUGUGUGCGUGUGGACCCAUUGCUGCAGUCUAUAACAGGCAGGCACUGAGUGCUACAGCAGCCCCUCCACCAAGCUACGCAUCUGUCCACUCUGUAGCUGACCACCAGAGAGGGAGGGAGGCAGGAAUCAGACAGACGUCGCACAUGAGGACAUGAGACAUGACGUUCAGCAGCAUCCAUCAAGGUAGGAAGGAAAAAUCUCACCCCGCCCAGGCCACGCCACGCCACGCACCCCCACACAUGCAUCGCAUCGCACCCAAGGACCGAACGGACCAUUGGCUGGCUACACACACCACACCCUCUCCCCAUCUCCCAUGUGAAUAUAUGGCGGGCCGACAUCACUGUCGCCGCAAAACAGCCCUUCCUCUCUCUCUCUCUGCCUCCAUCCCCCCUCCCUCCACACGUUCAUCUGUACCUUUUGAAGAGCACGGCGGCGUUGUGUCCGCCAAAGCCCAGGUUGUCGCUCAUCGCGUACUCGAGGGGCUCGCUCACCUCAACCGCCUUGUUGGGCACGUAAUUCAGGUCGCAGUCGGGAUCUAACACACACACACACACACACACAACACAGGCACCACACACACACACACACAGAGAGAGAGAGAGAGAGACAACUCGUGUAAGCCAAGACACGCAGGUGUCUCCUUCCUUCUCUCUCUGUCAGUCACUGUGUGUGUGUACCCGGGUUCUCGUAGUUGAUGGUCGGCGGCACCUGGUUAGUCUCGAGCGCCUUGAUGGCCACCACCGCCUCGAUGCCGCCCGCCGCCCCCAGUGUGUGGCCCGUCAUUGAUUUGGUCGACGAUACCAGCAGCUUCUUGGCGCCCUCCUCCCCUGAUGGCACACAACACACGGCAGGCGAAACGAAUGACACACAUGAGACCGCACAGCUGUAUGUUGGGUGGGGAGACAGACAUACCGAAUACUCUCUUGUAAGCGAGGGUCUCGAAUUUGUCGUUGUAAGGUGUGGAGGUGCCGUGUGCGUUGAUGUAGCCCACUUGGCUCUUGUCCUCCACACCACCGUCGGCCAGACACUGCUCCAGACACCUCGCAAGACCUGCAUACACACACACACACACUUACACAGACAUGGAUGCCAGCAGGUAGAGAAAGGUUCUCACCCUCUCCCUCUGGAUGAGGUGCGGUGAUGUGGUAGGCGUCGUCGUUGGCGCAGUAGCCCGCCAGCUCGCAGAUGAUCGGCGCCCCCCUCUUGAUGGCGCUCUCCUCACUCUCUAUGACUAUCACACCAGCACCCUCACCCAUCACAAAGCCUGACCUGCACACACACACACACACACACCUUCCACACACGAGCGCGCACACACACACGGGCUUGUAUGAUGCAUGAUUGUGGUUACACACAUGACCUCUUGGCGUCGAAUGGCCUCGAUGCGGCCUUUGGCUGGUCGUUCCAGCCGUUGGCCAUGGCCUUCAUGUUGUUGAAGCCCGCGAAGGACAGCGGCGUGAUGGACGCCUCGGCGCCGCCACAGAUCAUGAUGUCCGCCUCGUCAUUCUGAAUAUACCGCAUUGCGUCACCUAUCGCAUGAGCACCUGCACACACACACACACACACACAGACAUCCAAGCAGUGGGUGUGAGGGUGUGGGUGCGUGUGCCACUAGUCCACCGGUUGCGCAAGCAGAUGCGAUGCCGUAGUUUGGCCCGCCCGCGCCGAUUUCGAUGGCGAUGAGGCCGCUGGCGGUGUUGAGAAUCAUUGCUGGGAUGGUGAAGGGCGACACCUUCUUGUGACCCUUGGUCAUGAAAUUGUCCUUCUGCUGCUCAAGGGUCUCAAUGCCGCCAAUACCUGGCAGGCAACACACGUUGACACACACACAUGCAUCACCAGAUGUGUGUGUGGCCACCGUACCAGAUCCCACGAGGACGCCCACACGUGACUUGUCGACUCCCUCCAGCCCAUUGGGGUUGAGCCCCGCCCCCUCGACAGCCAUCUUGGUCGCCGCCAUGGCGUAGUGCACAAACCGGUCGUUACGCUUGACCUCCUUGGCAUCUUUGAAAUAGUCCUUCGGCUCAAACAUGCCGGGCAGAAUCUCGCAACCCACCUGUCACGUCACACAUGGAUCGGAAUGCAUGACGCCGUGUAUGUGUGUGCGUGUGUGUGUGUGUGUGUGUGUGUGGUUUCCUCACCCACCCACCUGGCAGGUCAUGCCUUCAGGGUCGAACCUCGUGACCUUGUCGAUGCCGCUCUUGCCCGCCACAAGGUUCGACCAGAAAGGGUCCACACCCACUCCCACGCCAUUCAGCACACCGAGACCCGUCACGACAACCUUCUUCUUGUUGGCCCUGUCAGCUGUCAUUCGCAGAGACGACGAUGCACUGGAGAGCGGCCGCCUUCGCGCAUUGCGCAGGAGAGGCAGUGAGUCGACGAAAGCUGCGUUGGCCGCUGCCUGGAACGGGGAGCGGCGCAUCCUGUCGAGGCCUUCGGUGCGGACAAGGUCCAUCAGUGAUGUCCACAGGGCGGCGAUGAGGCCCAGCAAAGGGCCGAUGCCGAUGGGCGUCAAGAUGAAACUGCUUAGCUUCAUUCUGCAGAACGAAGGACACUGCCUGGACGCCUUUGGAAACGGG